GAGCGCCGCGGCGGCGGGCUGAGGGUCGGCGUGGGGAGGCGGUGAGGUGGGGACAGGUGGACGAGCGGGACGGGACCGGCGCCCUGCUGAGCCGCCCCUUCGCCUUCUCGAGCCGCGACAGGAGGCCGGCGCCGUCUGUUGGGAAAGACGAGCACCUCCGUUCAUGACGCGCGCCGCCGACGUCCCCCGCCGCUGACACGGGCGCCGGGCACGGCGCCGCCUCCGUGACGGGACCGCAGCGCUCCCCGCGAGCGCCGGGCAUGCCGCUGCCCUCCCGCACCGCUGCCCGCCGCCGUGCCCUCACCGCCCCGGGCCCCGGGAUGGGCCGCGAGAGCUGAGCCGGCGCGGAGGAUGAGCCAGGCGGGCAGCCCGGGGAGAGCCUACGACUUCCUGCUGAAGUUCCUGCUGGUGGGCGACAGCGACGUGGGCAAGGGCGAGAUCCUGGCCAGCCUGCAGGACGGCGCCGCCGAGUCGCCCUACGGCUACCACAUGGGUAUAGAUUACAAGACUACAACAAUCCUUCUGGAUGGCCGACGAAUCAAGCUACAACUCUGGGACACAUCAGGGCAAGGGAGAUUCUGCACCAUAUUUCGGUCAUAUUCAAGAGGUGCUCAGGGAGUAAUACUAGUGUACGACAUUACCAAUCGUUGGUCAUUUGAUGGAAUCGAUCGAUGGAUAAAGGAAAUAGAUGAGCAUGCUCCUGGUGUACCAAAAAUCCUGGUUGGAAACCGCCUUCACUUAGCCUUCAAGCGCCAAGUGUCUACUGAACAAGCACAAACCUACGCUGAGCGGCUGGGCAUGACUUUUUUUGAAGUCAGUCCUCUUUGCAAUUUCAAUAUUACAGAGUCCUUCACUGAGCUAGCAAGAAUAGUAUUGAUGAGGCAUGGAAUGGACAGGCUCUGGAGGCCAAACAAGGUACUGACUCUGCAAGACCUUUGUUGCCGUGCCAUAGUUUCCUGUACCCCUGUGCAUCUUGUUGACAAGCUCCCUCUCCCAGUUGCCUUAAGAAGCCAUCUCAAAUCUUUCUCCAUGGCCAACGGUCUUAAUGCCAGGAUGAUGCAUGGACGCUCAUAUUCGCUCACAUCCAGCAACAUCAAUAAAAGGAACAGCUUAAAGAAAGCUAAAAUUAUCCGUCUACCACAGAGCCCACCAAAAAACUGCACAAGAAACAGCUGUAAAAUUUCUUAAGCUCUGUGAGAAAAGGAACCUGGAUGGAAUCCCCUCAUGUGAAGCUCUGAAUGUGAGGACUCCUUUUUUUAAUAGCAGAGCAUACUCUAUGUAGGUAUCACACUACAUAGACAAAAAUAAGAAAAACAAGUACUAUUUUGGGGCUUGCUCACUACAGUAAUGCUGCUUUGGAAUGAGUGACUUGUUCAGUGCAACUGAAAGGGUGUGAUGUUUGCUGUUGGACUUGCAUACUUUAUUUUAGUUUCUGACAUGCAUGAUGCCUUGUUUUCACUACUUGAUGUAUUUUCCUAUGGGGAAUAAUUAUCAUUAUAUUGAGUUCUUAAUUCCAUUAAAUCUGGAAUGUGGCUUACUGUGUAAUUGUUUUAAAAAAAAAUCCUGUCUUUUUGCAAACUAUUAAAAACAUGAGUCAUUGGUUUACAUAUUCAGACAGAGGUUUUGAAAUGCAAUGUAUUGUAUACAUUGUAAAUUCAACAAACAGUGCAACCAAUUCUAGUCAUACUGCAGCUGUGUAUUUGGAUAUUUGGUAAAGCUUCCUUGACUUCAGAGCACUAACUUAACUAAGCUAAAAAUGUGUAUAUAAUUAUGAUGCACAUACGCAACAAGGUUUUGUCCCAUUAGUAUAUGUAAUAGAUUUGAUAAAGUUUUUUGGUAUGUUAUUUAAUACUUUGGGGAAUUAAUUUGUGGUUUAAAUACUUAUUUUUCUGUAAAGAAAAAGUAUGUAUAUAUAUUACAUUUUAUACCACUCGCCAAGAAAGUUUGAGAAGGAAAAUGCCAAAGAUACUGUGGUUAAGGGAACAUGACUUGAAAAGCUGCUUUAUAAGAAAAAAAGCACUAUUUAAAAAAUAAAUGCUUCUGGAAAAUAAAACCUAUUAAGCUUUA